AUGUGGCUUCUUAGCACGGAUCGCGCCGAGUUACGGUUCUUCAACGGCCCACUCGACGUAUCCGAAGGCUUCGCCAUCCUUUCGCACAGAUGGGACGACCACGAGCAAACCUUCGAGGAUGUUCAAGCCCUCCGUCUUCAAUGCAAAGCAGACGGCACCAACCCCCGCAAGCUCGUCUGCACGAAGAUCCGCGAAAGCUGCAAGCUGGCGGAGAAGCACGGUCACAAGUGGCUGUGGAUCGACACCUGCUGCAUCGACAAGCGGAGCAGCGUCGAGUUAUCCGAGGCGGUCAACUCCAUGUUCCGGUACUAUUCUCUUUCGAACAUUUGCUAUGCCUAUCUCCGCGACGUCCCUGCCAGGUCUGACGAGGGCUGGGAGCUCAAAUUCAAGCAGAGCGUGUGGCACGACCGCGCGUGGACCCUCCAAGAGCUCAUCGCACCCAAACUCCUCCUCUUCGUCUCUUCCAAGUGGACCAGUCUCGGGACCAAGGCGGAGCACGCAGAGCUCAUCAAUAGCAUCACAACGGUUCCCGCAGAAGUCCUGUGCCUGGAGCAAGAUAUCUCGGAGAUCAGCAUCUACGAUCGCAUGGUGUGGGCCGCAGCACGCCGUGCAACCAAGGUGGAAGAUGAAGCCUACAGCUUGAUGGGUAUAUUCGGGAUCAACAUGCCGAUUCUGUAUGGAGAAGGCCAGCAUGCGUUCUACCGUUUACAGGAGGAGAUCAUGAAGACCUCAACCGACACGUCCCUGUUCGCCUGGGGAGGAUGGAAUAACUUCAGGACCCCUACAGCUUCAAGAUCGCCAUCCCCGCAGGCGGAGUCAGCAGGACCGGAUUACUGCUCGAUACAUGAGGACUCUGGCCACUAUCUUCUCGCCCCAUCUCCUAUCGUUUUCAACGCGCGUAGACCCGGAAUUCGGUUCCAUGUAAGAAUCACUUUCACUUUUUCAGCUGAACGAACGGUUAAAUUGACACUAUUCUGUUCAGGUUGGCUCCGGUACUGGCAACAUGUCGAUUGA